AUGCAAUUUACUCCUAAAAAUUUAAAGUUAUUUUUAUUCAAAACAAAAAAAAACUUUUUUGCUAAAAUUAAAAAUCCUGUCUCUAAAGAUAAGUAUAGAAACAAUUUUAAUUUUUUAAGGAAUUGGCCUAGACCUUUUUUUAUUGAUACAAUAGAUGGCAAGUUAACCCACAGUUGGAAAAUUGAUACAGAAUUAUUUGCAAGAAAGCGAACAUUUCUAGAUCAACAAGGAAUUAAAGAAGAUUGGGAAGAUGUUGAUAAAAAGGAUAAAAAAUAUAUAAAAAAGAAAAAAGAAAAAUUAAAAGAAAAUGAAAAUGAAAAUAUUGAGAGAUUAAAAAAACAUUCAAAAUUAAUAAUGCCAGUAUUAACACCUGCAUAUCCACAACAGUCAAGUGCUUUUAAUGUUAAUUAUUCAACAAUGAAAAUAAUUAAACAAACACUUAUUGAAGGUUAA